AUGGAAAACGGAAAGAGAAGCAGAGACGACUUCGAAGGAGGAUCAGGGCCUCAACUCGACGACUACGACGACCCAUCGAAGAAGCAACAUGUUGACCCAGUUGUUGAGUUGAUCUCCAACAUUUGCAAAGAUAUUCGCAGAAUCGGAGAAAACUCCAACUUAGCUAACCAAGUCGACGACAUUUCAUACAUCCUGAAUCCAAUUGUGGCUGAAUUUGAGAAGAUUGAUAAGUUGCGUGAAGCUAUACUUAACACGUUGUAUGCUGUUGUUCUUGAACAGCCACAAAAGAUCCCAAAUAUUAGCAUCUUGAUCUUCAUUUGCAAUGCGAAGAAUUUCUUGGUGGCUAAGUAUGUUAUUGAAUUCUUCCAUGCGAAGGCUCAGGCGCUACUAGACUCUAUACGCACUGAUUCUAUGGACACAGAAGAAGAUCAGAAGAAGGAUUCGAAGAAGCAGGCUGAAGAUGCGGGUGCUUUCAAUGACCUAAAGUCUGUGUUAAAGUUUUUGGGCCACUUUGUCUCCCAUCAUAGAACAAGGUUCUGUGUCUAA